UUCCCCAGAGUCACCAGCAGGAGGCGCCACAGGGAAAGUAGCCUGUUGGCUCCACUCCUGGUUUCCAGUGCCAUGUUGAUGUUCCAUCAGAGGCCUCACAUCCAGGGGAAGAGUGGUGCUGCCACACACCGAGUGAGAAUUGCAAUCAUGGAUACACAGAGAGAGAUUGGUUACUGGUGGGUUCCAGCCAGAGAUAUUGUCCUGUACUGGCCAGAAUGGAUAAUCAUUGCUGUUCUGGAGACAAUGUGGCUCUGCCUGACAUUUCUGCUUCUGGUACCUGGGUACCCCAAAGGUUAUUUGGAUCCUGGAGGGACAUGAGAUGAUGGAAAAUACCCCAUCUGCACAGGUGGUGCAACAGGAUAUAUUGAUAAGUGCCUGCUUGGAGAAGACCAUAUCUCCCACUACUCUGCGUAUAAGAUGAUCAAUAUUGAAGGAUCUGUCUAGUUGAAACCCUUGCAAUAUGUGAAUCAUUUUGCCUAUAGCUUUGGAGAUAAUUGUAUUGCUGGUCUCAUCGUCUAAUGAAUGUUUCUCUCUUCUCACCAGGAAUUAGCUAGGUACAGUAAAUCAAAGAAAAUAUUUUAAAUCAUUAUUGUAACAAUAGCUUACUAUGUCUGUUUACUUAAUGAGUACAAAAAUAGUACCAAUAACACUGUUAAGGCUGAGAAAUGAGGAAAUGCAGAGAUAUUUUCAUAACCUUAACUCUGACUCUGUUUUCUUAUGACUUAACAUACCCAUCUCUCUUGACUUAAUUAAAAACUGUUAAAUAUAAUGGGUAAAAUCUUGGGCUCCAUCGAAGUUAUUAGCAAAUUUCCCAUUGAAUUCAGUGGAGCCAGGUUUGCACCUCAUAUAUAGUAUAAAACAACUAAUCAACAAAUUAUCUUGGUGCAUAUACAAGCCCCAUUACUGAGUGCCCCCUAAAUAUUUAAAAAUAGAAAUGACAGUAACAAUUUAUUUGUUCCUUCUCAGCCUGAAGAAGAAACAACAUAAUUAGUUCUUAGAGGCUUUGUCUGUCUGUUUUAGAUUGCUUGUUUGUGCAGGUCAGCGUGUGUUGCAAUAUGAAGAAAUU